AAAAAAACCAAAAAAAAAAAAAAAAAAACAAAACAUUCUGUGUCUAUCCAUCUCUCAUAGUACUUUGGUUUGGAUUCGCCGACAAGUACAACCGCCACAAUUCCUGAAAGCAAUUCAAAGCUCAGCUCUCUCUCUCUCUCUCUCUCUCUGAAAAUUCAUUCAAUCCUCUUCUUCUUCCUCUUCUUCCUCAACUCAAAAGUCACAGAACACUGGGCAUGAAUUGACACUUUGUUGUUCGUCUGGGUACUUAUCGUUGAAAUUCGAAGCGUGCAUCUGUGCCUUUUGUGGUUGGCAAGGUUGCAUACUUUUCCUGCUUUGCCAGUUCAACUUUGAAUCCAAAGAUAUUGAUCAGGACAUGAGGCUGGUUAUAUUAUUGAUGGGCUUGGUCCAUUAUGGCUUGUGUUGUGCUCUGAUUACUUAGGAACGACAGCUGUCAUUUGGCCUUCUUGGAGCUUUUGAGUUUUAGGAAACAGAUUUGUACUUCUAUUGAAAACGAGCUUUGUUUAUUCAUGUUUCUUUGUGUUUUAGAAUAAUUGGGAGAUGUCAGAAGUUGAUAUGGCAGUUAUUAAACCCGAGAUGAUGAAGUCCUAUAUCUGGCUUCAGACUGCUGAUGGUUCAAUCCAACAAGUGGAUCAAAAGGUUGCCAUCUUUUCUCCUAUGAUACGUCAAGAAAUAACGCAAAAAGGCAUGGGAUCGUCCAAGAACUAUGCAAUAUCCCUUCCACAACAAGUUAAUCCUGUUAUGUUGAGCUUAAUUUUGGAUUACUGUAGGUUUCAUCAAGUGACAGGUCACUCACCCAAGGAAAUCAAGUCUUUUGAUGAAAAGUUCAUUAGGAUGGACACAAAGAAGCUCUGUGAGUUGACAUCUGCUGCUGACAGCCUCCAGUUAAAGCCUUUGGUGGAUCUUACUAGUCGUGCACUUGCACGAAUAAUAGAAGGGAAAACCCCUGAGGAGAUUCGUGAGAUAUUUCAUUUGCCUGAUGAUCUUACAGAGGAAGAGAAACUGGAACCUUUAAAAAACACAACGGAUGACCUACGCAUUCGACUUUUGAAUCGACUUUAUGCAAGAAAGAGGAAGGAACUAAAAGAGAGAGAGAAACUAAAGAAUGUUGAGGCUGAAGAAGAGCACGUGGAUGACCGUUCAGUUGAUGAUCUCUUGUCAUUUAUAAAUGGAGGAAAUGGAGAUUCUAAGGGGGUUAAAGCUUCAAAGAAUAAAAAGAAGAACCGGAGAAGAAAAGAUCAACAGAAAAGUGUUUCUAUAGACGAAUCCAUAGAAAGCCGUAAGGAUUCAAAUGGUGUUAAUUUUGCAUGCCAUAGUGCUGAAGUUAAUAAAUUGCGGCCCCAUCCUGGUGAGACAUCAAAAUUACUUGAUGUGGAAGAUGAUGCUUUCGCAAAUAAGGUCGAUUUCGAUGAUGGUGAUAUUGAUGAUGAAAUUGACCCUGCACUAAAGGAAAUAAUUGAUAGGGAGGUGGAAGAUUUUGCGCGGAGAUUGAAUUCAGAUUGGCCUAAAAGGAUGCAGGAGAUUCUUAGGCCAGUACAUCUAUCCAUCAAUGGAAAUGGUUCCAUAAAGAGAUACUCUAGACCAGACCCGGAGUGAAAAUGAUCCGUAAAAUAAAAUAUGGUUGCGCUCUGAGAUUGGCCAAUGGCUUUGAACAAUUUUGACCAGAUUCUUACAGUUCCUUACACAGGAGUUGUCAUUGACAUUAUUGUCACUAAUGGGGAUUGACAUGUGAGCUUUCUUUAUUUUUUAUUUUUUAAUUUUUUUUUCCUUUGGUUCAUUGUGCUUAGCCAGGAUGCAAUUUUGAUUCUGGGUGCAACCUGUAUUCUGAGGGAAGAAAAAAAAAGAAAAAAAGUUGUUAUUUCUGAGCUAAUUCUGCUCAAUCAUUAGUCUGUAAUGAGUUGCAAUUUUGCAUUUAGUAGGAGUUCCUUGUCGUUA